AUGAGUGGAUUGUUCUUUAUUUAUGGGUAUGAUGGAACUGGAAAGACUUUUCUUUGGAACUCGUUAUCCGCUUCAAUUAGAGCGAAGGGUCAGAUUGUUCUCAAUGUUGUAUCUAGCAGUAUUGUGGCAUUGUUGUUACCCAAUGGACAAACUGCUCACUCACGAUUCAAAGUUUCACUAAGUGUUAACCAAUAUUUAAUCUGCACUAUAAAACAAGGUUCACCUUUGGCACGUCUUAUUUCUUCUGCAAAAUUAAUUAUAUGGGAUGAGGCAUUUAUGUUAAGUAAAUUUUGCUAUGAAGCAUUGGACAAGUGCUUGAGAGAUGUUCUUCAUUUUAAUCAUGGCUUUAAGCCUGAUGCUCUGUUUGGUGGCAAAGUUAUUUUUCUUGGCAGUGACUCCUGCCAACCUGUGAUUCCACAUGGUUCUCGGGAGGAUGUUAUAGAUGCAUGUGUUAAUUCUUCAUAUUUGUGGCAUUCUUGCCAUGUUUUACAAUUAAGGGAAAACAUGAGACAAUUUACUCUUAAUAAUAAGUCACAUGCAUUGCAAGAUCUGGUGUUGUUCGUUUAUCCUGAUAUAUUGCUCAACGUUUCUAAUGUUGAUUAUUUUAAAUAUAGGAAUAUCUUAGUAUCUACUCUUAAUGUUGUGAUGGAAGUUAACAAUUAUAUUAUGUCAUUACUCCCUCUUAAUGAAAAGAUUUAUCUAAGUUCUGACUCAAUCUUUAAUGAAAAUAGUAUCAUGGAAUAUGAAUUAUACACAAUGAGCACAGAGAUAUUGAAUGCCCUGAAUUGUUUUAGUAUUCCACAACAUAAAUUAGUUUUUAUGAUUGGUGUUUCAAUCAUGCUUUUCCGUAACAUCGACCAGUUAAUUGGUUUCUGCAAUGGAACAAGAUUGCAAGUUAAGGGACUUGGUGAUUAUGUUAUUGAAUGCGUGAUAUUAACUUGCCGUAGUAUUGGUCAUGUUGUAUUUAUUCCAAUAAUGAACAUGGUUCCUAAUAAUAAAACAUUGCCAAUUAGAUUUACAAGGAGACAAUUUCCAGUUGUAUUAUGUUUUGCCAUGAUGAUAAACAAAUUACAAGGACAAACAUUAUCAACUGUUAGUGUUUAUCUUUUUAGACCCAUGUUUAUGCAUAGUCAGUUAAGGGUGAGCACAUGUCGAUUUGGUUUGAGUUUAUGGUAA